GCUGGCACGGUGCUCUAGGACUUCCCGGCCUCCAGACGGUAAUCUGUAAGGACCUUGUAACCCAGUCUGUGUUAGUCUAUGAGGGCAGCAGAAGAGGAACCGAGACAGUGAUCGAGGGGGUCUGGAGGAGAGUUCCUUGGUCUUCACGGGGUGACGCUGUCUACUGCUCCCUGCCUCCAUCAUAGCCGCAGGUGACCGUGUGCUGUGGGCUUGGCUCUUCCUGCUUUCCCACCUGUACCUACCUCUCUCUUCAUGCCCCUUGGAAGCUUCUCUAACGAAUGGGCCAGGCGCUGUUAUGUGGUUUACUUAUGACAUGUCCCGAGGACCCGCUGAGGUAUUUAGAACAAAUGAUUAUAAUUAUCAUUGGAAAUGGUCUGGAAAACCUUCUUUGGGAUAUGUUCAUCAGUCCAUCCCUGAGACCAAAAAUUCGAAGACUGUCUGAAACUUUCUUGGAACAACUUUUUGGACUGGAUGAGCAGCUGGUAACUCCAGAGCUGAUGAUGAAAGCAUGUACAUUUUACACUGGGAAUUUAGUAAAGAACCAUUUUAGUUGUUGGAAAGAAGUUACAAUGCCUCAUGCAAAUCAAGAGGCUAUCAUGGCCGAAAAAAUGAACAGAGCAAUAGUACAUCACAAGUUGAAAUGUGAAAGAUUCUUUUUCAACAUCUGGUUAUCUUACGUGGAAGACAUUAGAGAAAAGGUUUCAAAUUCACUGCUUCGGUUGCGACAGAUGUUUUAUAUCCAUAGGCAAAAAAUUAUCGUAGCAAAAUGGAGGGAGAAAGCCAAACAAAAGAAUAAACAGAGAGAAGAUGACUUGAUUUCAAAACAUGAAAUUCAGUUGAGAAAAUGGAGGUACAGGUUAAGAAGUAAAUCAACUGAGGAAAAACCCGUUACCCCUGAACGAAGUUUAUCUGACAGCGCCGUUUUGACUAUGGAAUUUGACAUUGCACAAUUACCUGAACGAGCAAUAUUGCAGAUUUUCCUGUACCUCACGUUGAAAGAAAUGCUUGUGUGUGGCCAAGUGAACCGCUCCUGGAUGUCGAUGGUACAGAGACGCUGCUUAUGGAAUGCCAUCGAUUUUUCCACAGCCAGAAACAUCGCAGACAAAUGCGUGGUGAAGACUCUACAAAAGUGGCGUCUAACGGUGCUGCGCUUGAACUUCCAAGGCUGUGUCCUGCGAACAAAGACUCUGAGAUCAGUCAGCCACUGUAAAAACUUACAAGAGUUGAACGUCUCUGACUGCUCGUCUCUCACAGACGACGCGAUGAGACACAUUUCUGAGGGCUGUCCUGGCGUCCUGUAUCUCAAUCUAUCCAACACAACUAUCACCAAUAGGACUAUGCGGCUCCUGCCCAGGAACUUCCACAACCUACAGAACCUGAGUCUGGCUUACUGCCGAAAGUUCACCGACAAAGGUUUACAGUACCUGAACUUGGGGAAUGGAUGCCACAAGCUCAUCUAUCUGGACCUUUCCGGCUGCACCCAGAUCUCGGUCCAAGGCUUCAGGAACAUUGCCAACAGCUGCUCCGGAAUCAAGCAUCUGACCAUCAAUGACAUGCCAACUCUGACAGACAACUGUGUAAAAGUUUUGGUGGAGAAGUGUUCCCAUAUUUCGUCCGUGGUUUUCAUCGGCUCGCCACACAUCUCUGACUGUACUUUCAAAGCUCUUUCCGCCUGCAACCUCAAAAAGAUCCGAUUUGAAGGAAACAAAAGGAUUACUGAUGCAUGCUUUAAAUAUGUAGACAAGCAUUACCCAAGUAUGAAUCACAUUUACAUGGUGGACUGCAAGGCGCUAACAGACAGCAGCCUCAAGUCACUUUCAGGUCUGAAGCAACUGACAGUGUUGAACUUGACGAACUGUAUACGGAUUAGUGAUUUUGGCAUGAAGCAAUUUCUCGAUGGUCCUGCGAGUAUGAGCCUAAGAGAGCUCAACAUGACGAACUGCUUUCUCCUGAGCGAUUCUUCCAUCAUAAGAAUGUCAGAGCGCUGCCUUAAUUUACACUACUUGAAUUUACGAAACUGUGAACAUUUGACUGACGUGGCAGUUGAACAUAUCGCAGGCAUGUCAUCCCUGAUAUCAGUAGAUCUUUCUGGAACAUCCAUCUCAAAUGAGGGCAUGAGUAUUCUUACCAAACACAGAAGACUGAAGGAACUUUCUCUGUCUGAGUGUUUCAACAUCACUGACACUGGAAUUCGGACAUACUGCAAAAUCUCGAUGUGCUUGGAACACCUGGAUGUCUCCUUCUGCACCCAACUGACAGAUGAGACCAUAAGAACAAUAGCCAUUUUCUGUACUCGAAUCACGUCUCUCAACGUCACAGGAUGCCCAAAGAUUACCGAUGCAGGGCUGGAGAUAUUAGCUGCCAAGUGCCAUUAUCUGCACAUUUUGGAUAUCUCUGGCUGUAUCCUGCUUACAGACCAGGUCCUUCAGGACCUUCAGAUGGGCUGCAAACAACUCCGGAUCCUCAAGAUGAAAUUCUGCAGGUCCAUCUCCUUGGUGGCAGCUAAUAAAAUGGCCUCUGAGGUCCAGCAGCAGGAAUACAGCUCUGAUGACCCUCCAAGUUGGUUUGGCUAUGACUCUCAAGGCAAUCCUCUUCCAUCUACUCCAAGCAAACAACUUAAACAUCCCUCAGAUCUGCUACUCAAAGACACACUCAGCAGUGAUGAGGAAAGUCCAGACUCCAGACUGAAACAGGAGAAAGGGAACAGCUAGAACUGACAGCUAUCCUUCAUUUGCUGUAAAUACUGUCAGUUGCUGGUUCUCAAAAACAAUGCAAAACAGCAGUGCACGUCUGUUUCUUAUUCAACGACAAACGCCACUUUAUCUAAUCAAGAUUGCAAAGGUAACUUGCUCAAGUUA